UGUGAAGUCAAAAGAUGAAAAAGUCAAUGGAGGAAGAAAGAAAGAACCGAUUCAACUGCAAGAUAGUAAUGGUGUAUUGCUUCUUUCCGACAGAAACUCAAACACUUCCAGCACAAGUAGUGUGUCCGUCACGAUACACCCAUUUCACACUGUGUGUCCGACACUCUGAUCCCUGUCGCCAUUGCAAAAUUCACGAAAAUGCCACUCUUCUCUCACAGUCACCGCCCCUCACCCUCUCUUCCCACCUCCUACUCCUCCAAACCCCUGAAGCCCCAAAAACUCAAUUCUGCCCCUCCCUCCUCCCGCCUCCCCCUGCCCAUUCUCGUCUUUUCACUCCUCUGCUUCCUUUUCGGCCUUACCGGCACAAUCUUCGCCGUCUCCACUCUCCGCCGCCCCAGACCCGUGCCCGUCUUCCGAUGCGGCCGAUCCGAAGACACUUUCCGGGCAUUCUACACGGCCUCCAGUUCUCGGCAGCUCGGAGAUCAUGGGGGCAUGGUGGAGCGCCCUAAGGUUAUUGGGUUCGUCGGAAUCCAGACCGGGUUCGGCUCCGCUGAUCGCCGGGCAGCCCUGCGGAGUACUUGGUUUCCUUCCGACCCAGAUGGACUUUUGAGAUUGGAACAAGCUACUGGUUUAGCUUUUAGGUUUGUAAUUGGACUAUCGAAAAAUGCAAAAAAGAUGGCAGAGCUUCAUGAAGAGGUGGAGAAGUACAGAGAUUUCAUGCUUAUUGAUGUUGUGGAGGAAUAUUCAAAGCUUCCAUACAAAUCGCUGGCAUUUUUCAAAGCAGCUUUUGAACAUUUUGAAGCAGAUUAUUAUGUCAAAGCUGAUGAUGACAUUUAUUUACGCCCAGAUCGGCUAUCAACUCUUCUUGCUAAGGAGCGAACACAUUCACCGACUUACAUUGGAUGCAUGAAGAAAGGACCAGUGAUAACUGACCCUAAAAAUAAAUGGUAUGAGAAAUCCGGACAUCUGAUUGGAAAUGAAUACUUUUUACAUGCUUAUGGUCCUAUAUAUGUUCUUUCUGCAGAGGUGGUAGCUUCACUGGCAGCUGCUAGAAAUAACAGUUUGAGGAUACUUAGCAAUGAGGAUGUCACAAUUGGGUCAUGGAUGCUUGCAAUGAAUGUCCAUCAUGAGGAUAACAAGGCAAUAUGUGACCCUCGAUGCACACCUACAUCUAUUGCAGUGUGGGACAUCCCAAAAUGUUCAGGUUUAUGCGACCCAGCUACAAGGUUGAAGGAGCUUCACGAGAUUAGUAUGUGCUCCAAAAGUCCAACCUUGCCUCCUGAUGACAGAUAGAGCCUGUCUGGCAUGAAAUCACACUCUACUGUCUCUACAUGCUGGAAAUACAGGAAGAUCUACUUGCUUAACUGGGACUUUUUGUCUCGUAGAGAAAAAAAUAGGUCUUUGAAGCUACCUUCUGAAGACACGACAUCUCCUUUAGUAGCCUUCCAUCAAUGCUUGUUGUGCAAGCAAUGUACUCUUAUUGAACUUCCCCCAUGACAUCUUCCUUGGAUGAUUCCACUCGUUAAUGUACAGCACCAGUGAAUGGUAAGGUGUCAGUACCAAAAGAAUAUAUGAUUAAGAUUGUGGUUACCACUUUGCGCAGACAACUGGAUUUGAAGAUUGAUAAGGUGUGUGUGUGUUUGUAUGCACCUGAUUAUGAUGCCUUUGGAUUGCAAUGUUGGUUGGAGUUGUCAAGUAAUCUUCGAUGAGUAAUUCUAUUUAUAGUAGACUUCUGUAUAACUGCUAUACAACCGGAUAGUGUGGCAGUAAAAUCAACUUUUGGGUCAACACAAAAACAAGAGUUGAUCUAAGAAUUGAUUUUUACUACCACCUUAUCCAGUUAUAUAGCAGUUGUACUUGAGUAUACUAAAUAGUAAAUAGCCUUGCUCAUCUUUGAUUCAUGUUAUAAUUUUAACUGUUUAAGGUAUGCA